AUGAAGAUGGUCGAGGAGAAGGCACUCAAAUUUAUGUUCAUGGACACAUCUAGUCUUCAUCCCAAGGCAAAGGCCUAUGUUGAACUUUGUCGCAAUGAAAUGCCCAUGAAGAAGCAAAUGCUCAUGAGGCAAAUGAUGAUGGGAGGAGGCAUGGGAGGAGGCAGGGGAGGUGCCAUGGGUGGCUACAUGAACAUGAUGGGAGGUGGCAUGAAUGGUGCAUUUGACGGAAAUAUGGGAGGUGGCUUCGGUGGCAACAUGGAAGGUGGCUUUGGUGGCAUGGGAGCCGGCUUCGGAGGCAACAUGACUGGCAUGGGAGGUGACUUUCGCGGCAACAUGAUGGGUGGCUUCGGAGGCAACAUGAUCGGCAUGGGAGGUAGCUUUAGUGGCAACAUGAGCGAUAUGGGAGGCAAUGAAGGGUCUUCCAGUCGUGCUCUUGGCAACAAUACUUCACCACAUCACAACGUCGACAAAGAAGCCGGUGAUGAUGAUGAUUGUACCACGGUUCACAACGCCGAUGGUGCUGAUGAUUCGCAUGAAUGA